AUGUCUUUGCCAAUCCCCGAUUUGAGAUUUGAACAAUCGUUUAUGAACCAGCUAAAUAAGUAUGCGGGUAAUAAACAACCAGACCAGCAAAAGAUACAACCAUUGAGUAGUAAGAAAUAUAACCACAUUGCGACUUUAACUGAUGACGAUUUGAAGUUGAUGAAUGAAGAGUUGGACGUUGAAGAAGAGGAAGAAAUAGAUCACUACAAUGAUAAGUUAGAACCAAAGCCACUAGCUCCCAUAACUCCUUCGAUAGUCAUAUACGCCUUAAUAAAGGAUCAAAUACUCAUGCCUUUAUUACAAGGAUUUUUAUGGACAGGGGUACUACUUUGUGUACGUCCGCUUCUAAAAUUGGUAGUUAGGAACGGCCAAUACGCCGGACACUGGGUGUCAAACGUGUUGGGAUUGAAUAGAUUGGCUACAUCUCGCUCUUCAUUGCAUUCUAGAAGAAGUUACAGUUAG